AAAAAAAACCCCCAAACCAAACCCUAGCCCAAUCUUCUUCUCCCCUUUUCCUUCCUUCGCUCCUCGCUUCCGACGACGGGCGCCCGCCCGCCGGCCCGGCAUUCCAGAAGCUUCUCGAUCCUAGGUUGCGGCGAUGUGCCCUACGGGGGUGUAGGUUUUGGGGGCGCGAAGGGGAGGGGAGAAGGUAUGGAGGGCGGGGGCGGCGGGGAGGGGAGCACGAGCGGGGCGAGGUUCCCGAUUCUGCAGGCCAACCGGGACCCGGAGUCGAACUGGGAGGUGGACGUCGCCAAGAGCCUCGAGGAGUACCUCCUCAGGAUCUGCUCCGGCGAGAUUAAUGGGGAGGACGCGGCCCAUUCCGUCAACUUCGCCGAAGCUGCACUAUUACUCCAGGGAUCGGUCCAAGUUUACAGCCGGAAGGUGGAGUACUUGUACACCUUGGUGCUCAAUGCUCUGGAAUUUCUCUCGCAAAAGAAGCAAGAUCAGGAAAAUAAUUCAACUCAAACUAAUGAAAAUGAUCCUAGCACAGUACCAAAUGAUGAAGAUGAUGUAUUUUCAGGCCUCGAUGAUGUCCCAGUGGAAGCAAGGACCACUUUGGAUAACAAUGUUGACCGAGAUGACUUGCAAAGAAAAAUCAUGAGGCCACCGGCAAAUCUUCUGGUUUUUGAAGGAGACUGUCUGGAUAGUGAAGCGAGCGAGCUAGACUCAUAUUUGUUAGCAACAUGUGUGUUUUUUGGAGAUUUUCUCUUGUUGGAUCCAUGCGAUGCACCAGCUGUUUCUGACUUUUUGGGAGGAAAGCAUUCUGCCAAAAAAGAUAUUUUUGCUGGCAGGGGCAGUUCUGCACGGUCUAAAAGCCGAAGCAAUGUUUUUGUUUCCCCAAAUGGAAGAUCCGGGGGCACUGGUCGUAGACCUAUCCCUGGAAAAGUCCAAGAGGGAAAUCCAGAACAAACUCAGGAGAGCAACCCUGACCAAUCUCAAGAAAUGAAUGCAACUCAAACCCAAGAAAGUAUCGAUGACUUAAAUGUAAAUGACAAUCAUUGGUCUGAUCACUCUGUUGACCAUGAUUUUCCUGAUAAUGACAAACCCCACCCAGAAGAUGCAGACACUGGGUGCCCAGAUGCUGGGAAUGAUUCUGAUUCUGAUGAUGAUCCCUGGAGGCCAUUGAAUCCCCAUGAACCUGGCAACCUAAAGAUUAGACCUUACAGGAAAGUAAAAGGUUUUGCAAGGCAGGUCACUGGUGCCCCCAAAAGGAAAAUGAUUGCAUCUCUAUUUCCUAUGGCAAAGAUGGAUGGUGUCAUUAGUCCUGAUCUGGCAAAAUCUUUUGAAGUACAUCUGUCUCAGCAAGAAACAAGUCAUGCUUCUGAAUCACCUCCUCUCUAUGAAAAGCUUAGGAGGUCCCUUGAACAUGGAGAACGAGAAAGUCAACAUGUAUUUGGAGAUUUGAAGGAUGGAAAUGAAGCGGAUAUUGGUUUAAAUGACUUUGAUGAUAUUCAUGAGCCAGAUAUGCCGGAUGAUGUCUGUGACAUGGAUGUUGAUAUGGACAUACCAACAUACCCUGACAAGAAUAAUGAUGCAACAUUGGAUGGAACUCAAGGCACACAGGAUAGCACGGAUGCACAUGAAAGCCUUGAAGAUUUGUGUCGGUCACAUCUGGAUGCUCUCCUUGCUAGCAUAGCUGAGGCUGAACAGCAGACAGAGCUGGAUGCACGGGUUUCGACAUGGAAAGAGCGAAUUGAGCAUGCCUUGGAAGAGCAGGAUAGAAACCCACCUUUUGAUAUUGGUUCUUACGGAGAGCAAAUCAUCGACACACUCUCAUCAAGAGCUGAGAAUGAAGGGAUCGCAUCCUUCUGUGACAUUGUUAGUGGCAAACCAAAGUAUGAGGUUGCAAGGACAUUCUCUGCCCUUCUCCAGCUGGUGAAUGGCAGAAGUGUUGAUCUGGAUAAAGGACAGGCUACAAAUGAGCUGGUAUGCUACACAGCUUCUAACCCAUUCCAUGUAAUGCUCAUUGGUCCCAACCAGAGACCAGAAAUCGAGGCACGUUUCGCACGAAAGAGGGUCAAGUCGCCUCUACAAAAUAAAGGCGGCGAUCCCUCUCCAACACAACAGAAGUUGCCUAAGAAACAGACGCAUAAAAACGGCAAGGUUCCGGUGAAGACGGCGAUUAAAUUGACUCCUGAUGGAAAGCGAAGGCGGAGAUCAACUCAGAUGCUGCGCCCGAUCAAUCUGGAAUCCAGCGGAUGAAGAUGAGUGACAGACUGACUACUCAUGAGCAUUACAAUUAUGAUUCUUCUCUUUGUAACCUGAGUUUCCAGCAACCAUAAGUUAUGACAUAGGCCCUAGCUAGAUGAGAUGGUGUACAUGUACAAUAGAUCGUUGUAUUGUGCUUCUGCUGCCUGUAUGUAGUGUUAGCUGGGCAAGUGGUCUGUUGCUAGAAUUGCCCUUAUAUGUCAUGUCUGUAUGGGGGACAUAGGCACAUAGUUGACAGAUUCUUUUGUUUUAAUUCAAUAACUGAACUACCAUCUGGUUAGCCUAUGGUUUUGUACAUGAGAUAAUCCUGUGCCUAUGAGCUCUUUUCAUUGUACAAAUUCUCAUCACUGGAGUGCUGUGCAAUCUGCAUGAGCUAGAACCCUGGUAAUAUCGGAGAAAUAAAAGCAUAU